CUUCUCCCAUAAUAAACCCUAAACCAGUAAACCGCCACUUUCCCCACCCAAACUCGCCAUGGAAGCGGACGAGGGCCCGCCGCCGCCGCCGCCGUGGAAGCAGAACAAGUCGGCAGCAGCCAUCGAUUCCUCGUCGGGACCCCUCGCCUCCGCCGCCGCGCGCCUCUCAGCCCGCUCCCGCGCUAUCCCUCCCGCCCGCGACUUCCAUUUCUACAACAACUUCCCCUCUUUCAAGUCCCCCGUUGGCGCCGCCGCCGCAAGGGCUGACUCCUCCCUCGGCAUCCUCGGCGCCUCAUCACUCCUCCCAAAGCAGCAGCAGCCAGCUUUCCCCCGGGAGGACCUCGACGACGCCUACGACUGGCUCGUCUCCCGCAACGACGACCUGCUCGAGAUGUUUGGCGCCUCCGCCGACGAAUUCAAGGCACUGCGGGAGAAGGAGGAGGCUGCAGGGCGGAAGGUCGCGCCGGAAGAGAUGGCGGGGGACGGAUUCCAGGUUGUUUACGGCAAGAAGAAGAAAAAGAUCGAUAUGGGAGCGGAAGCUGUUGGCAGAGGUGAUGCCUUUGGGGCUUCUGGUUCGGUGAGGAUGGUCACCAUGGACAAAGCGGCGACAUCAGGGACGAAGGCAAAGGUGCCCUUCCACAUCCCCACCAUCCCACGGCCGCAGGACGUGUACCACAUUGUGGUGGACAACACGAGCAAUCCAUUCCAGCAUGCCUUCCUUGGGCGGAGCGAUGAUGGUGCCCGGCCCUUACACCCACUGGAAAAACUUCCGGCGGUGCAACUAUUUGACAGGCGUGUUCUUGAAAGUGAGCCAUUGAAACCAACUGCUUUAGAUGACACCCCUUUUACAUAUGUCGAAGACCGGAAAACCUUGGAAGUGCUGGCAACAAAGCUGAAGAAUGCAACCGAGUUUGCUGUUGAUCUGGAGCACAACCACUAUAGAUCUUUUCAGGGUCUCACCUGCCUGAUGCAGAUUUCAACUAGAACUGAAGACUUUAUCGUGGACACCCUUAAGCUGCGCAAUUACCUUGGUGAGAACUUAAGAGAAGUUUUUCAAGAUCCAACUAAGAAGAAGGUAAUGCAUGGGGCAGAUCGUGAUAUAAUAUGGCUUCAACGAGACUUUGGAAUAUAUGUCUGCAACCUUUUUGACACAGGCCAGGCUUCGAGAGUCUUACAGAUGGAGCGCAACAGCCUGGAGCAUCUUUUGCAUCAUUUCUGUGCAGUGACAGCAAACAAAGAAUACCAGAGUGCAGAUUGGAGGUUGAGGCCACUUCCUGCUGAAAUGACAAAGUAUGCUAGAGAAGAUACACACUAUCUGUUGUACAUAUAUGACGUAAUGCGCUUGAGACUGCUGAACGAGUCUUCAGGUGAAAAUGAUCUCCUUUUGGAGGUUUGCAAACGUAGCAAUGAAAUCUGCUUGCAAUUAUAUGAGAAGGAGCAGCUGACUGAUUCAUCAUACCUUUACAUACAUGGGUUGAAAGAAAAUGAACUGAGUGCAAGGCAGCUGGCUGUUCUCUCUGGUCUAUAUCAAUGGAGAGAUGGUAUCGCUCGUGCUGAGGAUGAGAGCACUGGUUAUGUACUACCCAAUAAGACUCUACUUGAGAUAGCAAAGCAGAUGCCUGUGACCACUGGGAGGUUAAAAAGAACAGUGAGGUCAAAAAAUAAAUUUCUUGAUCAACAUCUCGGACAUGUCAUUACUACCAUCAGGAAUGCUGUUGCAAAUUCAGACGCUUUUGAAAGUAUAGCUGAGCAACUGAAGAAGGGAAGGCUGGAAGAGUUAAUGGUGGCAGAUGCAAAGAACAGCAGUGAAGACACUGAAAUGAUUACUGUUGCUUGUGCCAAUAAUGAUGAGAGUAAUAUUCAUCCGAGCGAUGAAUCUGCUGUAGUUCCUACAUUGAUUACCAAUGUCGGUAUUGCUUCUUCCUGUACUGGGAAUGUUACUAGUGGAGCAUCUUUAGGUAAUUUGCGGCUAGAUAGCACCACGGCUGAAACCAAGAGCUUUGGGACCUUGUCAGGCUCUACUGAUCUAGCAUAUUCAGAGAUACUGAGCAAUGGUCAUCAGCAGCAGGUAGCAAAGGCCACAGUUCAAGUACUGAAGAGACCUACGGCUUUUGGGGCUCUGUUGGGAAAACCGUCUUCUGGAAGGAAGCCAAAUAUUUUUGCAGGAUUUUCAAGUGAGCAGACGAAGAGCAAGGUGGACAAGAUAAAGUCUUCGGUGGUACUGCCUUUCCAUCAUUUCUCAGGUGGCGCAAAACCACUGGCUACUACCCUUCCAGUAGCAAAAUCUGUCCACCCAGAGCCGGAAAUCAUCUGCAAUGAUCCUGCUUCUCAGAUGGAAGAAGUGAUUCAGUUGGACACUGGAACAGAUGACCACAAUUUUCCGGAAAACAACAAUGCAGAUGGACAGAGACAGUGCGAACCUGAAGGUACUGAGUUGUCUAGCCCCCCUUCUGAGCUCUCCUCUGGUAUCGAGCAGCACUUCCAAUCCCUCAACGAGGGCAGAAACCUUCAGCAGAACCAGAAAGCACCGGAAGAACCUGAAUUUAACGACCAGCUGAAGGCUUUUGAUUACGCCGAAGCUAGAAAGAACAUUUCAUUUGGAGAGGUUAGAGCUGAUAGAAGAAAAGACAAUGCAGUGGCCAGGGCAAUCAAUAAAGAAUCUGGAGAUAAACGGAGAACUUCGAAACAACCUGGUGAUGAAGAAGACGAGGGGAAUUUCCAGAAUCCACGAAGGCGACAGGCUUUCCCACCUUCUGGCAAUAGGAGUUCUACCUACCAUUAGUAGGUCAGAGAUGUAUACCUAAGGCAUUGUAACGUUAAGAUUCAUAGGUAGACGAGUACAGGUGGGAUGAGCAUUAUCUGGCAUUGUAACGUUGAGUUAUUGGAUUGGAGAUGGUGCUGUUUUCAGCAUGAAUAGAUGAGCAUUAUCUUCCUGGUGGUUGUUGACUACCACAAAACUGAUCUAUACUAUAUUUGAGACCACCGACUUCUUGCAA